AUAUAUCUUCUUUCGACUGCGAAAUAGCCGUUUCCUUUUGCUAGAAGACUCACUGCUAAUCUCCGCAAUUCCAGGAAGUCUUUCUGACGAUUGUGUUAUCCUUCAGUCAUGGAUUUACAAAGUGUGAUAGAUCUGGCGAACCAGGUCGUGAAGCUGAAAAUGUUUCCCCUUUUUGAUGUUGCUCACUCGGCUAUUACGUGCUUAUAUAUACGAGACGAAUUGGACAAGAGUGAGUUCUUGAAUCCCAAUUUUUAGUUAGAGCGGAGAAGUAACUUUUCAACUUCGCGAUGCUAGGUAAUGCGAAGUUUUCUCGACUUCACCCAUUUGCAUGCUGGAUUUCCUGCAUGAUUUCCAUUUUCUCGGGGUCAUUGUUAACUGCAUUCCUGUUGGGCGAGCCGUUACUCUCUGUAUUCAAGACUUCAGAUCAACUCUACGUUGCGACAGCCGUGUGGUACAUGGUUUUUUAUGCUCCGUUCGACGUUGGAUAUUAUAUCGUCAGUAUCCUGCCUGUCAAGUGUGUGCUGGCUGUGAUGAAGGAAGUUUAUAGGUGCAAGAAAAUUAACGACGGUGUCGUCCAUGCUUCGAGGCUUUAUCCCCAAGGUUACCUCCCCAUUCUGAUCGUUGGUACCCUGAAAGGGAACGGAGGAAAUUUCAUGAAGGUGAUGGAGAGGCUUUGUCGUGGUAUCUGGACUCCGGAUGUGAUGGAGACCCUCAGACCUUCCGCUCCCACGAAGCUGUCUGCCCUUGCGGCUGCGAUUUUCCUCGUCAAAGAAAAAACCGAGUUGAUCUCCGCCCCGCACCACGUAGUAUACUUCGGUAUAAUGGUGUUCCUUGUGUAUUUCAAGCUUUCAUCAUUAUUGUUGGGGAUUCACGACCCUCUCGCUCCGUUCGAAAAUCUCGGAUGCACCAUUUUCCUUGGAGGAAUCCCAGACCAUCUCGGUGUCCCCGACGUUCCUUUGAAAGUGGGCAAGGGUGUCGUGGAAAAACAACAGAAGAAAAAGGGAUCUCCAGGUGACGACCUCGACCAGAAGCCGCAAGCACCUUCAGAUGGCAGUGGGGAUGCAUCCCAAAGCAAAUCUAAGGCAGCAUUAAAGCCCCCAGCGUCACCGAAACCGAAAGAAACGCCCAAACCGAAACCAGCGAAGAAUAAGAAGAAAGAUUGAGUCUUGAUUCCCUGGACAUCGAUGAAUUGACGAAAUGACGCAAGCCUUUUUAUCGGAACUGCUUCCUAUUGAAAUUGUAAUCUUCCAGUUUGUUUAGCUGAUGAUUGUCCGGUCGAGACGAAGUGCAUUGCGCUGUUUAUUUCAGAGCUGCUUUAUUUUUCAAUAACCGUGGAUCGAGAAAGUGAUGAGAGUGUUGUUAUGAUGGUUACCGUCGGUUAAUUGUUCGCGGAUGUCUUCUUGGAGAUCGAUGAUGCAAUACAGUGCUUGAGGGUGCUUUGAUUGAAAA